AAGAUUCCAAUAACAGCUUGUGAGUUAUAUUAUCUAAAAGGGGAACAAUGUUGUGAUUAUUGUUUAUCAGUUCGGCAGUUGAAAAAGCGUUAGUUGAUGGUUUUAUUUUGACUUAUCUGCAUCUGAAUUCGUUGCGUAUUUUAAUUCGGUCAUCAGAGACGAUUUAAACGUUAUUUUAUUAUACAGGAGACGAAAUUAAUCAUAAACAAAAGUAUGAAGGUCGUUGUUUUGGCAGUUGUUUUUGUUAGUGUUAUAUCAGUGUCGUUCACAGCCGAUUUACAAUGCACACACAAAAAAGUGGACGUCCCAGAGGAAUGGCUGUCGAUGGUUGAUCCCUGCGUGAAAAAAAUGCAGGAUCAAAUCCAGGAAGAAAUGAGAGCCGCAAUCCAGUAUAUGGCCAUGGGUGCCCACUUUUCCAGGGACGUAAUUAACAGGCCCGGCUUUGCCAAGUUCUUUUUCGACGCGGCCAGUGAGGAGAGACAGCACUCAAUUAAACUCAUCUCGUACUUAUUAAUGAGGGGCAAUCUUACAGAGAACGUCAGCACCCUGCUCCAGAAAAGGAUUGAACCAGCUACUGAAGUAUGGGAUAGUGGUAUUAGUGCCCUCAGGGACGCCCUUAGACUAGAGGCUAAAGUUACCAACAAAAUCAGGGACGUUAUCAAAGUCUGUGAAGAUCCUCAGCUAGCCGAAAACAACUUCAACGAUUAUCAUCUCGUCGAUUAUUUAACUGGGGAGUUCUUGGAAGAACAGUACAAAGGGCAACGUGAACUAGCUGGAUACAUAUCUACAUUAGAUAAAAUGGUAGGUGAGCAUGGUAUUCUUGGAGAAUUUUUGUUUGACAAACAACUUCUUGGUUAAAACUUGUAUAUAAUGUGGCUGUUUUUUUUUUAAUGUAGUUAUUAAUAACUUGCAGUUAAUUCUAGUGAUAUAAUUAAUUCUUUUAAAACUGUGUGAUAAAAUAUUAAAACGUCAAUUUAAUUUUUCAAAUGCAUAGUUAGAAUUAGAUUUAGUAAUGUAAUUUUUAAAAUAUUGUAAUGAUACCAUGUUGAACUUUACAUACAUAAAUAAAAUAAAAUUUU